CAAAUUUUAAGAAAACAUUGAUACUCACCAGGUUGAGCUUGACCCACCGAAGAUCUUGCUAGCAAGAGAAUAAAAUAAAGUCAGGUGAAUAUCAUAGUGAUUAAUCAAAAUGGCAUCAAGCUCAAUGUCAGCUACAGGAUCAUGGAGUGCUAAGGACAACAAGGCCUUCGAAAGGGCACUUGCUGUAUACGACAAGGACACCCCUGAGCGAUGGAACAACGUUGCCACUGCUGUUGGCGGGAAAACCCCUGAGGAAGUGAAGAGCCACUAUGAGCUUCUCCUCAGAGACAUUGGCCACAUUGAAUCAGGCCAAGUUCCAUUCCCCAAUUACAACAAGAGUAGCGCAGAGACUGAUCAAGAGAAGAAAAGGCUGAAAAACCUGAAGCUCCAGUGAUCGGCCAUAGGAAUCAACCAUUAAUAAUUUGUGAUUUUCAGCAUCAACCCUAGUGUUACGUACGUAUUAAUAUGUCUCAUGAUUCCAUGAUAUAAAUGUCUUGUCGUUGACGACUAUGUUGUAGUUCCAAUCCAUAAUAAAGUUUUCAUUUUAGAUA